AUGGCUCUUCUGCACAUAGCCUUCAACUUGGAGGACAGUCGAUACGUACGGCCUGGUACAGCACUAGACGUACUCCGUCAACAAGCGAUUCCACUCGGGCCCACUGAGCGAGCGCAAUUACUUAUGACUCCAGCUUUCUGGAAGAGGCGCAAUUGGAUGUGGCAGCGCGUGGAUCUUCGAAUGCGCCUUCGCCUCGGGAGGAUAACCAAUACCGCUUCUUGGCCUUCGUGCAGACAGAUGGGAAGCUCUGGGGAGCUGGAUGGAGGACUGAAUGGACCUCUGUUCCGAGGAGUACUUGGGGAAGACGAGGACAUCUUAAGCGAGCAGGGGCUGGCGCUCACUGUUCGGGACUUCUUGGUUUCUGCUGACCAGAUUGAAUGCAAUGAGAUGAGUAUCGUCGCUGUCACGGGGUCUGAAGCUUCUGCACAAGGUUGA